AUGAUUUGCUGUUUACGUCUAAGAUCUAUUACAAUUUCAGAUUCAAAACGACCUAGUCAACCAAAACUUUUGAAAUACCCAGUGAACAAGAGCAUUAAUCCCAAAACAAAGAAAACAAAGAGUUUCAGUAGCUCUUGGUAUAGUAGGUUUCCUUGGUUGGAGUACAGCGUUGAGAGAGAUGCAGCGCUCUGUUAUUGUUGUCGAAAUUUCACUGCUAACAAAGCAAAUUCAGCGGGUGCAUCAGCUUUCACAACAACUGGAUACAGGAACUGGGCUAAUGCUCUUGAUAAGGACAAAGGAUUUCUUCAGCACGAACGAUCAGAACUUCAUAAAAACAGCUAUUCAAAUUGGAUGACCUGGCAAAAAGUUCAAGAGGGUUCUGAGAUAAACAUUAUCCAAAGGCUGUGUCCUGAUAGAGCCACGGUUGCAAGUGAAAACAGAGAGUAUCUUAGACAUCUCCUCAAGUAUGUACUCUGGUUUACAACCAACGAGCUUGCAAUGCGCGGAGAUGAUGAGUCUGAUGAGUCUAAGAACCCGGGAAAGUGGAUAACAUUUAUUAAACUGCAGUUAGAAAUGAAUCCCACAUUUAGAGAAUUGCACAAUAAAGUUACGAAGUCUAAGAGUACAGAUUACACAAGUAAAACAAGUGUAAAUGGCUUCAUCGAGAUUAUAGCAGACAGCGUGCGUAAGGUCAUUUGCUCCCAAAUAAAGGAUGCUGGGAUGUUUUCAGCUCUUAUUGACGAAAGCAAAGACACAGCAAAAAGAGAAGAGUUUGCCCUGGCUGUUAGACACUUCGCUCGUAAGGUAGUUGAACGUUUUUAUGACCUUAGGCAUUUGGAAUCAUUCGAUGCCAGAACAAUCAUGAACGUUACAAAGGAAAUAGUUGCUAACAUCAUUCAAAGUUCAGAAGGAUCUAUAGUUGUUUCAUUGGGAGCUGACGGGGCCAGCGUUAUGUCUGGAGAGUUUGGUGGCGUUGCAGAAUUAUUAAGAUCUGAACAUUUCCAUUGGUUGAUUUAUAUCCACUGCACAGCACACCGCAUUAACCUCUUGGUGAACGAUCUGAUAAAGGACUCCAACCUGGCUGUUGACGUUAUGAAAACAAUCAAUUCUUUAUAUUCGUUUCUCAACAUACCUAAAGUUAGAAUGGUCUAUGAAGCAAUGCAUCAAGAGCUAUUUCCUAAAAGUCAGAUAAAGCACUUAGUCCAACAAAUUGAGAUACGGUGGGGCUGUAAAUUUGAAGCAGUGGAUCUUAUGACUGAUAAACCUCAAGUAAUUCUGGCUACCCUCGUAAGGGUCACACAAAAUCCUGAUGUUCACGACCCAAAACAUGUUGAACAAGCCAGCGGAUUUUACCAUAAACUUAUCUCAGGAAAGUUUAUUAUUUCCCUCAUCACAUUGAAAGCAUAUCUGGCAGAAAUGUUUUACUUGUCGAAGGAACUGCAAAGCGAAGAAAUAAACUGGACUGAUGUGCAAUACGAGAUUGAAAGAGUGAAGCAAUCCAUUUCUACAAUGGAUGAUGACAAGUUACGUACAGAAGCAAGUAUCUACUCUGAAAAGAUUGGGAUUCCGUUCAACAAUUUGGAGUUGGAACUCCCAAUACAUGCAACCCGCUCAGCUGCUACAAACAAUGCUGUCAGUAGAACAGAGAAAACAAUCAAAGACCUGAAUAGCUACAUGAAGCAAAAAAUUAAAGAAGAGUUCAAGGUACGUUUUGAAGAAAAGAACAUUGAGAUAAUGAGGGCUCUUGAAGCUCUAGAUGCCUCAAAAGAAAACUACCUGGAGAUUGAAGCCUUGGACUAUUUGAUUGACCAUUUUGACUGUCUAAAUGUAAAUCGCUCGAUAUUGGCGAUUGAGAUUUCUAGGGCAAAAAUGGAUUUUAGAAUGGGGCUCCCAAUCAGUGAGAAGAGAUCUGAAAACUUAAUGAAGUUGAUAACUCUGAAAAACACUAUUGCUACAACAACAGCAACAGUUGAAAGAUCAUUCUCUGGAAUGAACAGAGUAUGCUCGAAACUACGAUCCAGAACCACAGCAAACCGUUUAGGGGAUUUAUUGUGUAUAUCUCUCAACAAGGAUCUGGCCAAUGAACUGGAUGUAGAAGUUUUGAUUGACAAUUGGGCUGCAAAGUCGAACAGAAGAAUCAAUGUUUAG